UUAGUGUUUGAUAUAGUAACUCUGUGAAUUCAUACUAAUCGGCUACGGAAGGAUCAUAUUAUCACUUGAGACGUUAUCUUCUGAUAAGGUGUACGAUGGCAGUGUUUAGGCGAGCAAUAUGCUAUCAAAGUUCUAAGAACAGCUAUUCCAUUUGCAGCCAAAAUCACAGCUCUCUGUACUACAUGACAAAACAGCUGGGAAUGCGGCGCUGGAAUCCGCCGGCGCGGCCAUUAGCUUCCCAGACGUAGCACUGCUGCUGCUGUCGCCCGGCACCGAAUUGGCGACACUGAACGCAGCUCCCUUCCCACACACCAGGUACGCGGAGGUGCGGCUGUCGGCGCGGCUGAGCUCGCCGGUGCCGGUGGGGCAGCACGAGGCCGGGGCGCUGGUGGUGAAGGGCGGGCGUGAAGCCGCCAUGGAGGCGACUCGCGCCGUCGUCAGCGGCCGCCGCCAUGUGCUGCAGUUUUACCUGCGCUUCCCGCCCGGCAAGCCCGUGCCGUCGCUGCUCGCGCUCACCGUCAACGACUACGACGUCUGCCGCGCGCGCGGCGCCGAGUCGGACGCGCUCUCCACCAUCAGCCUCGAGUCGGCGCUCAGCACCGGGGUGAGCGGCGCACCGCAGGUGAGCGGCUACGAGUUCUCUGCGGCCGGGAGGGGCAGGGGGCGACGACCCGACGCCUCGGACCCGGAACCCCCCCCCGCGCCGCGCCCGCACCCGGCCCCCCUUCGCGCCCGCACCACCGUGCGUCGCGCCCGCUCCGCAAGGGAACUGAACAGACACUUUCUUCCAGAUCCAUUCCCAUCAGAGUCUUGGGUUGAACCGGACACCCCAAGACCUCGGCCAAAGCCGUCUCCGCGUCCUUCAAGGCCUGCAGGAGGUAGUGGAGAACCAUUGUUGGACCCCACGAAGUGCGGCGUGGCGAACGUUCCCAAUGCGUUGGUGGUGAAUGGAUUUGAAGCAGCGAAGGGUCAGUGGCCCUGGCAGGCCGCCCUGUACGCAAAAAAUGAAACUGAAAGCUACAAUAUAGUGUUCAGCUUUCAAUGUGGAGGUACGCUGGUGUCACGUAGACACGUUGUUAGUGCUGCGCAUUGUGUCGUGAAUCUGCAAGAGAAGAGGGAGGUGCAAGUCGGAGGUUGGGGACGACAUGAAGGAGGAGCUUUAUCUGAUACGCUGCGCAUUGCCAGGAUGCCUGUGGUGUCUCAAGAAACCUGAACGGCAGCCUGCAAUGGAGACAGUGGAGGAGGAUUACAUUUUUCCUUGGAAAAUCCUAGACAGGGGGGUUCCAAAACAUGGUAUUUUCGUGGUGUAGUGAGUCUAAGCAUGACGAGAGUGGAAGAUGGUGGUUGUGAUCCUAAUAACUUUAUUGUGUUCACAGAUGUAGCUAAAUAUAUGACUUGGCUUGUUAAACAAUUUAUUUAAGGUACAAAUAAAAUAUUCAUUUUUUUUAUAAACUUGAUAACUUUUUUCCAAGCUUAUA